AGAAACAAGUUCGGAAUCGGAAUCGGAAUCGGAGUAGGAGUAGGAGUAGGAAUCUCAACGGGUGGCGUUCAGACAUAUAGCAUAUAGACAUAGGAGCAUAUCGACGGGAUCAGCCACAAUCAAAGUUCAGGCAAUGGAAGUGGAAGUGGGAGUGAGAAUGAAGGACGAGCUGGAGUUCUCAAGUAGCAGCAGUGAGGCAACCAGCUCCGGCGAAACGGAUAGCGAAGAUAGCAGCAAAUCCGAUCCAGAUGUCAAUGCCAAAGUGGCAAUUGCUACGUGUCCAUCCGAUCCAACCGAUCUGCAGACAAGAACCUACAGUCUGCUGGCUGGGGACUCGGACAACGACUUGGAUGAGGUGGAAAUCUUCUGCGAGGAGGCCAUCUCCCUGCUGGCCCACGAGAUCCUUUGCUGCGAGUGCGAUAGUGAGUCUGAUUCGGAGUCUGAUUCGGAGUCUGAUUCAGAGCCGGAGCCGGAGCCGGAGUCGGAGUCGGAAGAGAUGGGGACAGAAGGCGAGGAGACGGAUGACACCAAGGACAACAAGGGCAAGAUGAUGCCAAGCGGCAUCCUUGAGAGCGGGCUGCAAAAUCCCUACCAGCUCAUGUUCAGCGAGGAGGACGACGACCAACCCAAUGAAAUUGAGGAGAAAAAGGGGGAGGAGAGCUGGCCGAUCCUGCUGGAAGGAGAUGAACAGAGCGAGGAGAAGCCCGAGUCAAAGGGGGCAUUCUGAAGACAAACUCCACUCUAGCAUCUGCAGUAGAUUUUCACAUUUUUACUAACACGAGCCUUAAAUAAAAUUUGCUGGCUAACUAUGAGACAAAGGCAUAGCAAUAUUAUUCGUGGAGACCCUUUCAAAUGGCCAAAAUUAUUCGACACUCAGCAUUUAAGCUAUCCCUUAAUAACUAAGUUAUUGAUUAAAGCGAUCAUAGACCAUUAACAUCUAUGCAUUCAGCAAAUUAGCAUAAAUUGUUUUAUGUACAAACUA